AUGUCCAAACCACUCACUCUCUGGACUGCGCCGACUCCGAAUGGCAGCAAGGUCUCCAUCUACCUCGAGGAGCUAAAGGCUGCCUAUGGACGGGACAAAGUGGACUACCAAGUGCGCAUCUUGAACUUCUACAAGAAUGAACAGAAGGAGGAGUGGUUUAUCAAGAUCAACCCCAAUGGUCGCAUUCCCGCGCUCACCGAUCACAGCAGGAAUGACUUCAACGUCUUCGAGUCUGGUGCAAUCUUGCUCUAUCUCACGCAAUACUAUGAUACAGAGCACAAGUUCUCUUUCGAUCCUGUGACGCAUCCGGACGAAUAUUCAGAACAACUUCAAUGGAUAUUUUUUGCACAUGGGGGCAUUGGUCCUAUGCAGGGACAAGCCAAUCACUUCUUUAGGUAUGCACCAGAGAAGAUUCCAUACGGCAUAACACGUUACCAGAACGAGACGAAACGUCUCUACGGCGUUCUGGAGAUCCGCUUAUCCUCUAAUGGAGGGCGUGACUACCUUGUGGGACCCGGAAAGGGGAAGUAUACUAUUGCCGAUAUGAAUGCAUUCGGUUGGGUGCGGACCUGGAGGUGGAGCGGCAUCGAGAACCUGGACUUUUGUCCUAACGUUGCCGCCUGGAUCAAGCGUAUUUCCGAUCGCCCCGCGGUCCAGGCUGAGCUGUUGGUUGUCCCCUCGAGUCAUAGUGGCAAGAAGUUGACCAAGGAGGAGGAAGACAAGAUCGCCGCGGAGAAUAGCAAAUGGAUUAUGGCCGCCAACCAGGCGAAAGCCGCCAACCAGGCGAAAUGAACUGAGCGACGGUGAUCUCGAAGAUUGUGACGAGACAUUGUUGAGAGGCGUAGGUCAUGCAAGUUAUACUAUGAAAUGAAAGUGUGAAGUCAUGAGAGUCCA